AUGAUUCGCACCACUGGCCUCAGAGCCCGGUUCGCUCUCUUUGCUCUAGUCGUCUUCGCCCUGUGCUCGUUCAUUCUUGUAGGACCCUACAAAGUGACGCCAUCACAUCUAGCACCAACAUCGACUGAGAAGAAGCUGGGCCGUACCAGCGAGGCUGUGCUCACGGGACAUGCGAUCGCGCCAAAACUGGAGAAUGCGACGGCAAAGGCAGAACUCGGUCGCGCCGCGUGGAAAGUCCUACACACAACCUUCGCUCGUUUCCCCGAAAGCCCUACCGAAGAGGAGCAAGAGGCACUGCGGUCAUAUGUACACUUGUUCCAACGCCUGUACCCUUGCGGGGAAUGCGCAGAGCACUUCGGACAAGUACUCGCAAAGUACCCUCCCCAGGUAUCGUCACGGACAGCGGCCGCCAUGUGGGGUUGCUACGUACACAACAUUGUCAACAAGAGGCUGAAGAAGCCCGAGUUCAAUUGCGCAGACAUAGGUGAUGCAUAUGAUUGUGGUGCCUGCAUAACCGAAGACCAGAAGUACCAGGGUAAACUCUACAAAGAGAAGAAGAAGGGCCCGCAACAGAAGAGAGAUAGCGCCUACCACGACAACUCGCAAGCGCUCGCUCCUCACAAUGCAUACGUCGAAGAAGCUCGCGAUCAUGACAACGCCGUCGCAGUCGUGGAUGCUCCGCCCCGCGCGCCCACUCCUCCCCCAGCAGCGCAUUCUCUAGGCUAUCAUGAGCAACAGGCUCUUGAGGCACCCAAUGUCUUCGAUUUCCUCGACCCUUCCUCGACGCCCAAUAUCCCGAGAACGAGCGCGCCCAUCAAUGAAGCGCGCAUGCUUGAAGACAGCCAGCCACCUGCAUACAAGGAGCAGUACAUGCCUACGAUCGCGGACGUUAUGAAGUUCCAGGUACCUGACGACGACGAGUCUUUCGCACAGAACGGCUUCUCAUACGGGAACGACCAAGUUCGCCCUUCCAAUGAGCGCUACGACUCAUACACUACGCCUGCUCCUAAGCCAAAGCACUCGAGAAACAAGUCGCGCGAUACCGAUGUUGAGACCACGUCGAAGAAGACGGAUCGCAAGCGCAAGCGCAAUUCGCCCAGCGAACUCGACAUGUCGCUGGUCCGCGCCCAAGAGGAAAGGGAUACCAUGAUGGCUGAUGCGCCCGCGACGCUCCACUCUGGUCUCACUGGGGGACUGAACAGACUGCUUGCCCGACCUGAGUUCCCACCGUCGCCAGAUGACUCCGGUGACUAUGUCAACUCGCCUCUGAGCCCCAUGAAACGCGCCAAGCAGGGCAACUCCAAAGCUCUUAUGCGCGCGCAGCGAGAAUACGAGGCCGAACAGGCUAAGCAGCGCAAGGCUGAUAUCAAGGCACGCGAGCAAGCAGAGAAGAAGGAGAAGGACAGGGGCCGCGAAAAGGAGCGCAAGGAGCGCAAGGCUAGCACCGCUCUCGUGAAGAUCAGGCCCAAGAAGAAGCGCGAGGAUUCUACAACAGAGGUUCGUCGGAUCCGCCGCCGGCAAUACUCGUCUUCCGUGUCACCAGCACCGCGCGAGCGCAAGAGUGUCAAGGCCAUUGAGUACCAUCGUUCUGCAACCAACUCUCCGGAACCAGAUGGACAAGGCCAGCUCAUUGUGCGUCCCAAUGGACACGUCGCACCUGUCUCGCCGGAUUACGAUGCCCGCGCGGGACUGUUCAUGUCCUUCAUCACUAAGGGCCCAGACUCUGAGCGCGGCAUGAGUGUCAACAAGGCUCUAAAACGGUACCAUCGCGAGCGUCACGAGCACCACGAUCGCGCGCCCUCCAAGGCUGACGAGGAGAAAGAGCUCUGGAAGGAUCUACGUCUCCGAAGAAACGACAGGGGCGAGAUCGUUCUGUUCUUCGCUCCCACCGAGGCUUCGUGA